GGAGGGGGUCCAUGUCUGUUUAUGUCAAAGAAUAACUGGUCCUAGAUCAGAACUGUUUUUUUCAUCCGCUUCAAAGAACAUCAUUUCCCAUCAACCACUUCCGGUGACGUAGAAGUUACAGAAAGAUUCCAAGAUGGUGCUCGAAAGUACUAUGGUCUGUGUGGACAACAGUGAGUACAUGCGCAAUGGAGACUUUUUACCCACGAGACUGCAGGCCCAGCAGGAUGCUGUCAACAUUGUGUGUCACUCCAAGACCCGCAGUAACCCCGAGAACAAUGUGGGCCUCAUCACCAUGGCCAAUAACUGUGAGGUGCUGACCACGCUGACCCCGGAUACAGGCAGGAUCCUGUCCAAACUACACGCUGUUCAGCCCCGCGGCAACAUCAGCUUCUGCACUGGCAUCAGAGUAGCACAUCUGGCUCUGAAGCACAGGCAGGGGAAAAACCACAAGAUGCGCAUCAUCGCUUUUGUGGGCAGCCCAGUCGAGGACAACGAGAAAGAUCUGGUCAAAAUGGCAAAGCGUCUGAAGAAGGAAAAAGUGAGCGUGGACAUUAUUAACUUUGGUGAAGAGGAGAUGAACACAGAGAAGUUGACUGCCUUCAUAAACACUUUGAAUGGAAAGGAGGGUUCAGCAGGUUCCCAUCUGGUGACCGUGCCUCCAGGACCCAGCCUGGCCGACGCCCUGCUCUCCUCCCCCAUCCUGGCUGGGGAGGGAGGCGCCAUGCUGGGUCUGGGGGCUAGCGACUUUGAGUUCGGGGUGGAUCCCAGCGCCGACCCAGAGCUGGCUUUGGCUCUGAGGGUUUCCAUGGAGGAGCAGAGACAGAGGCAGGAGGACGAGGCCCGCAGGGUUGCCGUGGUGUCGGCUGCAGAGGCUGGUGCCCCCUCCCCCACUGCAGACGAGUCAGACGACGCCCUGUUGAAGAUGUCUGUCCCUCAGGUGGACACGGCCACACCUGCUCUUCCUGACAUCAGCCGCAUGACUGAGGAUGAACAGAUCGCCUAUGCGUUGCAGAUGUCCAUGCAGGGAGCAGGCGGAGAGUUUGGUGGCGCAGAAGACAUGGACACAGGGGCUCCCAUGGACUCUUCUGAAGCUAAGGAUGAGGAGGACUAUGAUGUCAUGCAGGACCCAGAGUUCCUCCAGAGCGUCCUUGAGAACCUUCCCGGCGUCGACCCCAACAACGAGGCGAUCCGCAACGCCAUGGGUUCCCUGGCCUCCCAGACUGGCUCCAAACCCCCGGAGGGCAAGAAGGAUGACGAAAAGAAGAAAUAAACACACACAAGCGUGUACACGCAGUAUGGAAGACUACUGGAGAAUGAAAGACUGAGAGAUGUACGGUGUCAGUUUUCCCAUCCAAAGCAUACAUUAAAAACAUUUUAGACACCCUGUAAAGGCCUGUUGACAAUGGAUCCUUCUAUAGUAUAACUGUGUAAACGGAAACCUGUCAUUCAUGGGAGUUUUUGUAUAGUUAAGGCUUAUGACCAAGGCUUUAUUCUGUUUUGCGUCAAGGCUGAUGCAUGUUUCUUUUUUGGGGGGUGGGGAAACUUUUGUAUUACAGUGGGACAUGGUAACUACUCAGAAACAUUCAGUAAAUGGAUAUUACCUGCUGAUAAUCCUUAAUAAAUUUACAAAAUAAAACAGCA